AGCUCCUGCUAGGACUGAGAUUUAACUACAGAGAUUUCUCAGUCGCAGACUGCACUUAAGGAAGGAUUGAGUUCUUUAAUUGCAGUUUGAUACAUUCGUUUUAUAUUUAGUGAUGAAGUUUUCUCGAUCAGAAAUGGAUAUGGGAAUUGCAAACUACAGCGACAUUUUAGAUCCAAGCUACACAUCUUUAGAGUUCGACAAUAUGCCGCUCCUUUUCAAUGGCAAUGAUAGCUCCUCAGGAGAUACAGUCAUAAUGAAUGCAAUUGAUAAUGGGGUCAACAUUCUAUGUGCCAUAUGUGGAGACAGAGCUACUGGUAAACACUAUGGUGCUUCAAGUUGUGAUGGAUGCAAGGGGUUCUUCAGGCGUAGUAUCCGAAAAAGUCAUGUUUAUUCUUGCAGGUUUAGCAGACAAUGUGUUGUUGACAAAGACAAGCGGAAUCAGUGCAGAUACUGCCGUUUAAAAAAAUGUUUCAGAGCUGGAAUGAAAAAAGAAGCUGUUCAAAAUGAAAGAGACAGGAUAAGUACCAGAAAAAACACAUUUGAAGGAAGCAGUAUUCCCUCUAUUAACACGCUGUUACAGGCAGAAAUUCUCUCUCGUCAGGUGGCAACCUCAAGUUCUCUAAUUACGGAUGUAAACAUGAAGAAAAUUGCCACUGUUACUGAUGUCUGUGAAUCCAUUAAGCAGCAACUAUUGGUCCUAGUGGAGUGGGCUAAAUACAUCCCAGCUUUCUGUGAGUUACCAUUGGAUGAUCAGGUUGCACUACUGAGGGCACAUGCUGGAGAACAUCUUCUCCUUGGGGUAACAAAACGAUCCAUGGUUUACAAAGACAUUUUACUCCUUGGUAACAACUACGUAAUUCAUCGCAACAGCUCUGAAAUUGAGAUUAGCCGGGUGGCCAAUAGAAUUUUAGAUGAACUAGUCCAACCAUUUCAAGACAUCCAGAUAGAUGACAAUGAAUAUGCCUGUCUAAAGGCCAUUGUAUUUUUUGAUCCAGAUGCGAAAGGACUCAGUAAUCCAAUGAAAAUAAAAAACAUGAGGUACCAAGUACAGAUCAGUUUAGAAGACUACAUUAAUGACAGACAAUACGAUUCUCGAGGAAGGUUUGGAGAACUUCUUUUACUGUUACCCACGCUCCAGAGUAUUACUUGGCAAAUGAUUGAACAAGUUCAAUUUGUGAAGCUGUUUGGAAUGGUUAAGAUUGACAAUCUACUCCAAGAGAUGUUAUUAGGAGGUUCAACCAAUGACUCUAAUCACAUUCAUCAUCCAUCCCAUCCUCACAUAGCCCAAGAUCCUCUCUUAGGUCAGACUCUAUUAAUAAGUUCCAUGUCUACUUCACUACAUUCUGAACAAAUAGCGACUCCAGAAACACCCCUGCCUUCACCACCACAAGGAUCAGGACAGGAACAGUAUAAAGUAUCAACAAAUCAUGCAACAGUCAUCACACAUCAAUCCAUGUUAAAACAAAAACCACUGUGAGGGAAAGAUUACAGAUGACGUGAAAACUGCCAUGGAAGACUUUUUUCUGAUACACAAAGCCAAAAAUGUAAUAUUUCACAAAAUGUAUCUCACCGACAUGCAACAUUUUCAAUUUGAUAAUAUUUUAUAUUCAUUCUUAUUGUACUUUUUACGUAUGCAUUAUUUUACACUAAUUUGAAUGUUAUUGCUUGUAGAACUGAUAUAUGUUCGGUAGUCUGUAAUAAGCUAACAAAUUGUUGUCAUAUUAAUUAUUUCAUACAACUAUCACAAUGUAUAUAGUAAAUAAUUAAUAUAUUACAUUCUGCAAAAAUAAUUCAUUUUUGAUACAUUUGUUUAUGUUUAUAAUUGAUGGAAGUGUCUAAUGUACCAGUUAUGUUAUAGAAAGUAUAACCUGGGGUUAGUAUUCUGUAAAAUCAUUGAUACUAUUAAAACAACUCAUAUACAGUUUACACUAAAUUGCAAAAUACUGUUUUUAGUGAAUUAGGCAUGCAUCGGGUUCAUUACCUAUUACCAUACAUUUAGCAACAACAGUAUGCUAACGUUGGGUCUCAAUAACUAGUGAAAGCAAAUAAAACAUCUUAACAUUUUA